GGACUGGAUUGGCGUUGAUGCUUGAUGUGGUGGCUUUUGUGUGUUGCUGCCCCGACUGGCAGCAGCAGCGAUGCUCGGAGGCAGAGUGAUGCAGGGCGGGCAGGGGGAGCUUUGAGCCUGGAGCCUUGGGCGUGAAGCCAAGCUUGUCGCGGCGCCGGGCUUUGUCGUUCUCGGGCGUCCUUUUCGAGAGGCCAUUGCGCAAAACAAAGCCCGGCUCCGAGUCGUGCUAUUGCCCACACAGCACGAGACCUGAACUGACGAGCCGAGCGACGGCACUGGACGACGCCGAGGUGAGCACCAGCCUGCCCCUGCCAGAUCACUCCUUUCUCCUUCUCCUUCUCUCUCUCUGUGUCUCUCGGGAUUCGUCGAUCGUUCAUGAGUUCGCGAGGCAAGCGAUCAGAAAGCGAGGGCGCGAGAAGGGAACAGACCCGUAUAUUUCCAGUCUCUCACCUACAAGCGCUUGCGUAUUUCUCCCGUAUCUCGGCUCCUUCGUGAGGUGUGCCAGUUCUCUGUGCGGAAAGGCCCAUGCGGUCUCGUUGAUUUGAUUUCGGUGUGGACGAAGAAGAAGGUGAUUCAGUUUCUUUGAAGGUGGUUCAUCAUGGACGCUCUCAAAGCUGCCGGAAACGAGGCUGUGCGCCAAGGCGAUUACACGGCUGCUCUUGACAGCUAUCAGCAGGCCUUAUCAGCCGCCGAUGACAAUACCUCGGCUGACGAGAUUGCCGCUCUUCACAGCAACUGCUCUUUCGCUCAUCUGAAGUUAGGCCAACUUCAAGAGGCUCUUCAAGAAGCCAACAAGUCUGUUGCCGCUAAAAGCAACUGGAGCAAGGGUUACUUCAGGUUGGGUGAAGCACAUUUUGCCCUGCGUGACUACUCAACUGCAGCAGAGGCUUACGCGAAAGCCUCAGAAUUGGCACCUGAAGACGCAACACUCAAGAAGCGUGUUGCCUUAGCGACGGAGGCUGUGGAUGGAUUUUAUUUCAGACAGCUACUACCUGCUAGAGACAUCUGUUUGGCCCCUUCGAACAUAAUCGAAAGACAGAUCUUCAGCAGUGCCGAACAAAUGCAGAACUACAUAUAUCUUAUUGGCGAUGCCAGAACCCGUGAAUGUGUGGUCGUAGACGCGGCAUGGGAUGUGAAGGGUAUUAGAGCUAUUGCUGCUGCCGACAACAUGAAGCUGGUUGGAGCUGUUGUUACCCACUAUCACUUUGAUCAUGUGGGAGGUAUCCCACCCCCUCCAUUUGAUUCUUUUGGUAUCAAAGUGCCCGGAGUGUCUGAUCUUGCGCUAGAAGAUAAAGUGAAGGUAUACGUCAAUAAACAUGAUGCACAAACCGUGAAAACGAAGUGUGCAGUCCCUGCAGCAUCGAUGGUAUUGUUGGAGGAUGGUGGAGUUGUCAACAUUGGAAGUGUGAAGAUGCACUUCAUUCACACUCCUGGUCAUACCCCUGGCAGUCAGUGCAUUCACAUUCCCAGGAAAGAUGGGGACCUCUUGAUAUCUGGAGACACUCUGUUUAUUGGAAGUUGUGGAAGACUGGACUUCCCCGAUUGUGAUCCAAAAGCUAUGUAUAGCAGUCUCCAGAAAAAGCUCGCAAGUUUGCCAGAUUCCACCAGAGUUUACCCAGGACAUGAUUAUGGCGGUCCUUUCACGACCAUCGCAGACGAGAAAAAGCAAGGACUUUUGAAGGGUAUGACUGAAAGUCAUUGGUUGAAGAUGCACCAUCGGUUCUGAUAAGGGAAUGAUAGCAUGGGUCUCAGUUUUUGCCGAGUUGUGAUAUGAUGUAUUCUGUAGAUAUGUAAAUGAUUUUAAUUUUUUUAGCUUGGGUGUUGAAGGAAAUUUUUAUAGGAUUUCCUUCAACCAAAUCUCAUCUAGAUAUAGGUUUAGAUAAGUGUUUCACUGUAGCGUCUUUCGGACAUUCAGUAGACAGAUGGAGUAAUUUUUGAAGAAGCUCGCCAUCUUCCAAUCUGUUCCUCACCACGAUCGCCAAGAAGGCUAUUGAUAAUCUGCAUGGUGCUUGAGAAGCCAUGUCAGUCAACCUUCUUAGUGUCAAAGGAGCAAGUAGACUCGAUCCGGCAAAACGAAAUCUGCUCAGGAAUCGUUUGACUUAUAGACAAAUCUCUAGUCUCAAGUAUUGAUAGGUGGGAACCAUCACGUGUUUCAAUCACAAACGACUUUCCAUAUCAAUUGAACUCCACCUUAUCGUCUUGUUUAUCUUUUGUGACCUUCUGCC